AUGGUAACUGAAAUUAUUAUUGACACGGCUGGUGUUGGUGUCACUGAUCCCGCUGUUCCAAAUGAUGACAACGUUGGUGGUGCAGCUGUUACAAAAAUUGACGGGAUGACAUUUGCUAGAGUGGUGUUGGUGCCGCUGAUAUCACUGCUUUUGUCAUUUACUGAGCAACUGGAAUCCCCGCUCUUUUCAGGGGCGCCGUAG